GUGCGUUUUCUGGAGGCACAGAAUCGAAAACUGGCCGCAGACCUCGAUCUUCUGCGUGGUAAAUGGGGAAAAGACACAUUCAACAUCAAAAUGAUGUACGAAGGAGAGCUUGCCGAAGCUCGUAAACUGAUCAAUGACACAGCUCGACAACGUGAUGAUCUGGAAAAACAAAUUCACAGAAUGCAAGAUGAGCUGUCUGAGUACCGCAAGAGAUACGAGGAUGCAUUACGAGCUCGCGACUUGGACAGUAACAAAAUCGAUACUAUGCUUAUAGAGCUAGCACAAAUUGAGGCUGAUAUAAAUGCGCUAAGACGUCGGAUCACGGAACUGGAAGAAGAGGUGAUGCGCAUCAAAAAGGACAAUCAGAGUCUUCUCGGAGAGUUGCAAAGAACUCGAACGGAUGUGGACCAAGAAACGCUAAACCGCAUCGACUAUCAAAAUCAAGUGCAAACUCUGCUAGAAGAGAUCGACUUCAUAAGGCGCGUUCAUGAGCAGGAGAUCCGCGAACUGCAAAGUCUUGCCGCUCGCGAUACAACGCCCGAGAAUCGGGAAUUCUUCAAAAAUGAACUGGCUUCUGCAAUCCGUGAUAUUCGGGCCGAAUACGAUCAAGUUAGUUCUACUGGUUAGUA